AUGAUGUCUUACCUCAAACAACCGCCGUACGGCAUGAACGGGCUGGGCCUAGCUGGCCCUGCCAUGGACCUCCUGCACCCCUCUGUGGGCUAUCCUGCCACUCCGCGGAAGCAGCGACGGGAACGCACCACCUUCACGCGCUCACAGCUGGACGUGCUGGAGGCGCUUUUCGCAAAGACUCGCUACCCAGACAUCUUCAUGCGGGAGGAGGUGGCGCUCAAGAUCAACCUGCCUGAGUCCAGAGUCCAGGUCUGGUUCAAGAACCGCCGCGCCAAGUGCCGCCAGCAGCAGCAGAGCGGGAACGGAACGAAAAGCCGGCCGGUCAAGAAGAAGUCGUCUCCGGUGCGCGAGAGCUCGGGCUCGGAGAGCAGCGGCCAGUUCACGCCGCCGGCCGUGUCUAGCUCGGCCUCUUCGUCGAGUUCGGCGUCCAGUACCUCCGCCAACCCGGCGGCUGCUGCGGCCGCGGGCCUGGGAGGAAACCCGGUGGCGGCCGCGUCCUCCCUGAGUACGCCUACUGCUUCGUCCAUCUGGAGUCCGGCCUCCAUCUCGCCAGGCUCGGCGCCCGCAUCCGUGUCGGUGCCAGAGCCCCUGGGCGCGCCAAGCAACGCCUCGUGUAUGCAGCGCUCGGUGGCCGCAGGUGCUGCCACUGCGGCGGCCUCCUACCCCAUGUCCUAUGGCCAGGGUGGAAGCUACGGCCAGGGCUACCCCGCGCCCUCCUCCUCUUACUUUGGCGGGGUGGACUGCAGCUCCUACCUAGCGCCCAUGCACUCGCAUCACCACCCGCACCAGCUGAGCCCCAUGGCACCCUCCUCCAUGGCUGGCCAUCACCACCACCACCCGCACGCACACCACCCGCUGAGUCAGUCUUCGGGCCACCACCACCACCAUCACCACCACCACCACCACCAAGGCUACGGAGGCUCUGGGCUCGCCUUCAACUCUGCCGACUGCUUGGAUUACAAGGAGCCCGCCGCUGCCGCUGCUUCCUCUGCCUGGAAACUCAACUUCAACUCUCCCGACUGUCUGGACUAUAAGGACCAAGCCUCGUGGCGGUUCCAGGUCUUGUGAGCCCAGGAGUGAGAGGGAGUGGAGAAGAA